AUGAGCGUAAAACGGUCCAAAAUCGAAGUGGGUGCUCUUACAGAGUGUGAGCUUCAGCAGUUAUACAAGGCUUUGUUGAUCGGCUCGUGCCGGUUAGAUCCUAGAGACCCCGUCCAGUUCCUGAAAAAUACCCUCAUCAGCUUCCAAGGACAUGACAGUCUGCAGAAUGUGGACUGGAGCUGGAAGGAUUUCACCAAUGCCAGCGUGUCGGAUGCCUCCGAACUUGCAGAAAAGACAGAAAUUGCACUCAUACAUCAUGAGAAACGAAAGAAGGUGGUGCCUUUCCUUGCAUGGAUGCGCUGGGUCAAGUUCAAGAAGGAGUCUCGGGUUGAGGCGGUACGUAAGUUGGUGGGCGUUCUGACAGCCUGUGUCCUCAAACGUGUCAUAACAGCUUGGAAGAAUGUUGUAAGGGACUCGCAGAGGACCAAAGAUUACUUCAAGAAGCUGCAGAAUGAACUGGAGAUGGAACGCAACCAAAGCCAGCUUGGGGAUGGAUGUGACUGGCUCUCAUGCCUGCCCAACCACAUCUCACUGAAGAUCUUUCAGCAUCUGGACCUACGAGACUUGCUGAGCUGUUCGGAAGUGUGCUGCAGUUGGAAAAGUCUUAUCCAUUCGGCCACCCUUUGGAGUAGGGUCAACGUCUCGGUGGAUAAACGUUGGAUAACAGACGACAUCAUGAAGGAUGUCCUGCUGAAUUUCCGUCCGUUUGUGAUCCACUUAAACCUCCGUGCCUGCAACUCCUUAGAAUGGUCCAGUUUGCAACAUAUUGGCGAAUGCAAAAAUCUCCAAGAGCUCAACGUGUCUGAGUGUUUUAAUAUCACGGACGCCAUGAUUAGGUCAUUCGUGGAAGGCUGCAACUCUUUGCUGUACUUGAACCUUUCCAGUACCCUCUUAACAGAUGCCACCCUUAGAGAGCUAGCCAGCAACUGUAUCAACCUUCAGUACCUGAGCUUGGCCUACUGCCACAAAAUGACAGACGAAGGUUUUCAGUACCUGAGUUUAGGAAGAGGCUGCCACAAUCUUCUCCACCUGGACUUGUCUGGCUGCAAUCAGGUGACGGAGACGGGCUACAGUUACAUCUCGGAAGCGUGCCCUUAUCUGAGGGAGAUUCUGCUCAACGACGUGUACGACCUGUCGGAUAACUGCAUCUGUGCCCUGAUGGCUAAUUGCCAAAAUUUGUCAUCCAUCUCUCUGCUGGAGGCCUGGCAACUCUCCGACGCUGGCAUCAAAGCCAUUGCUGAAGUUGCCAAACUUAAGAGUUUCAGUCUGGAAGGUAACAACCACGUGAGCCACAUCAGCUGGAAGGCGCUGUGCUGCAGCUCGCGAGGCCUGCGCAGGCUGCACGUCGUCGAGUGCCACAAGAUGGGCGACACUGCCCUCAAGUCGGUGGCCGGCCUACGAAGCUUGCAGUACCUGGACAUAUCGCUUUGUAGCAAAGUGACUGAUAAGGGCAUUUUUAGUCUGGCGGAAAGCACCUCGGCCAACAAACUGCGAGAGCUCAAUGUCAGUUACUGCUGUCAGAUCACUGAUGCCGCCAUCACCGUGAUUGGCCACAGGUUUACCAAGCUGUCCCAUCUGAACCUGAGCUACUGCGAGCAGCUUACCGACGUCGCUUUGGAGUCUCUAAUGGGCAGCUCCAUCACCUCUCUGGACAUCAGCGGCUGUAACAUUCAAGACGACGGCCUGGCUGCUCUCGAGGAGGUUCCAUUGACAAGGUUGAUUAUCGCCGAAUGUAUCAACAUCACAGAUAUUGGUAUAGAGAAUCUGUGCAAGUACGUGACUGAUCUGGAGUACGUGGACGUUUCUGGGUGUUUGGAAUUGUCCGAUAUGGCCAUUAAAGCCUUUUCGUUUUACUGCAGAGGUCUAUUCACACUGCGGAUGGCGGGCUGUCCAAAGAUAACAGACAUGGCAAUGCAGUGCCUUUCCCACGGAUCAGCUCAAUACCUGCGAGCGCUAGACGUGAGCGGUUGCUCACUCACCGAUCGUUCCAUCAGAUACAUCGAGAGGCUCAUCCCUCCGCUCUCAUCCAUCACCAUGCACGGCUGCGAGCGCAUCUCCGAGGAGGCUGCCAUGAGGCUGCAGCCAUAUAUGCAGCAUUGGGAGUACAGCAACGAACAAACAAAGUUGUGGCUGCGAUAA